UGGCUCAGUACAGACAACCCCUGUUCUUAGUCUCAGGUUUGUGCACAUAGUUUAUCACACCCAUUGGAAAGCUAGGGGUAUAUUGAAGCUCAACUUGUGAUUGGUGCUCCUUUCUUGUUGAUUUCUCAUGAGGUUCAUGAUUUCUAAAUGAUUGUAUUGGUUAUGCAAACAUCUCUUCAUAUUCACGCAUCAACACAUGUACGCUAAGUCAUCCUCUUCUUUGAUAGUAGAUUCGACACCUUGUUUUGCAGCUUUGGACGACUUCACUCCCUACCUCAUCACCUCCCAGACCAAAUGGAAGCGACUCAAGAAUCUACUCAGCCAUGCACGGACCCCCGCCGCAUGGGCUACAACAACUCUGGUUUACAUGAGCAGGAUGUGUCGGACAUAAUCUGUAUCUUGCAUCCCAGUUCGCCUGCUGCUCACCAUGCAGUGACUGCCUCUGCCGAUUUUGCCCCUCAGCAUAUCCUCCAAAGAGACAUAGUGUAUGAAGGUUCAGCAGCUCUGGACCUUGCACUCAGGCUGUCAUCGAAAGUGCAGGAUUUAAGUGCAGGUUUUUGCUUUGGGCGCAACAAAGCUCGUUGCGAUCUCCUCCUUGCUGGUGAUCAUCAAAGCUCAAAGCGUAUCUCAAAUCAACAUUUCCGUAUCUACCUCACCGAGGAUGGAAUCAUUAUGCUUGAGGAUAUCUCCACCAAUGGAACCAUUGUAGACAACUGCCGUCUUCGCAAAGCCCAGAGAGACAACAGUCGAAUGUUGACCAACGGGUCUGUCAUUCAAGUGGUUCACGGCGACCAAACAACAGAUGAAGUCAGAUUCGUUGUCCGCAUUCCAAACCGGGAAGGGUUCUCUAUGCAGUACACAGAGAAUUUGCUGCGUUAUUUUGAGCGGGUUCAAAAGCACCGGGCAGGAACGACGCAGCUUAAACCACGCCAGACCUCGGCACAGCCUGUCUUGCAAUGGACGGUUUCUAAUACCUUCGGGAUGCACUGGACGGGUGGACCGAUGUACAAUGUGACCGGUCAAAUAGGAAAAGGUGCCUUCGCAACGGUUUACAAGCUUGCCACAAAGCAGCAUGGGAUAGUCUAUGCAGCCAAGGAGCUUGACAAACGACGAUUCAUGAAAAAUGGCAUCUUGGACCAGAAAGUGGAUAAUGAGAUGAAGAUCAUGAAAGACCUCAAACAUCCUAAUAUUGUCCAAUAUAUUGAUCACCACGAGCAUGAUCGAUGGAUUUACAUUAUCAUGGAAUAUGUUCCCGGCGGAGAAUUGUCUACAUACCUGCAAACUAUUGGCAAGAUCCCUGAAGAUAUGGUCAGGACGAUUGCCCGCCAGGUCUUGCAUGCGCUGCAGUAUCUUCAUAAGCGUAGGAUCACACAUCGAGAUAUCAAACCGGAUAACAUCCUGAUUUCCUCGCUCGACCCAUUGAGAGUCAAGCUGUCGGAUUUUGGAUUGUCAAAAGUAGUGCAGGAGGAGACCUUCCUCAAGACAUUCUGUGGCACCCUCCUCUACUGCGCCCCUGAAGUUUACCCAGAGUAUGAUUCCUAUCGUCGCGGUGAAGUUAGGAAAAGGCGCAGGCUAGGUGAUCCACCCCCUAAAACUUCUCCGUAUAGCCAGUCCGUCGACAUGUGGUCGCUUGGAGCGGUGCUUUACCACAUCGUUUCUGGUGUUCCUCCAUAUAUGGGCCGGGGCGAUGACAGAGGAGCCCAAAUGUUGCGAACUAUCAUGACUACCGACGCCGAUUUUGAUCUGUUGCGCAACGAAGGCGUGUCAGAAGAGGGCAUUGAUUUUGUUACUCGACUUUUGAACCGUGAUCCACAGGCCCGUCCGACAGAACAAGAGUGCUUCCAGCAUCCCUGGAUUUCGAGUGUUGAAGAUGUGGAUCAAUACGAUGAUGACGAGAUGUACCCCGAUGCCCGGGGUGAGCUUUCAGAUAUCGGCGAGGAUGUAGAAGACGAACUGGAUGCAUCUCAGCUUUCAAUAAAAGAUGAAUCAGAACCCAAAGAUUCGGCUGGGCAAGACGAUAGCGACCUAGCGCAAUCCAAGAGGCCGAGGAUUGAUUAUCCCCCAACGGAUGUUCGUUACCCGUCUCUGCCACACAUUGAAAGCUUGAAAGAAGUGCAGACUGCUGCUGACACAACACCAAAACGCCUCUUCGGUGAAAUCACCCCAUCUGUACUAGGAAGCUCGGGUGCUCUGGGUGCUAAUAUGAAUGCGUUUGAAGGAGACAACUUCAGCAUCAAUGACUUCAUUUCUUCAGCCGGUGAGUCGAUGGUCAGCGACGGCAACAGCCUUAACUCCAUUCUUUCCCUUCCGGAGGACCCUAUUUGUGGGUCUGCCCCAAGUUUGAUGGGAGCUGAGAAACUUGUUGGGCAGCUGAACAUGAAUUCGUGGCACCCUGGCACAUCAAUCAAACAUCCACCAGUCGUCGAGAUCCCGGUAAUUGGAGCGAAGCAGGAGGAUAUUCUAGAGAAAAAGGAAGCGAAGAUAAUUCGGCGAACCAGCCCUGGUAACGAGACCCCCAAGCCGGCCAUUUUCAGCCGACGGAUUGAGUUACCCAUGCCUGAUACCGCCAGUGAACGCUCCAGCCCCGAAACUACCGCGCAACGUGCCAAAGACGAUCGUCAAGAGUCCAAAUCAAUUCCAGGGGAGAUUUUCGACAUUGAAUUGGCAAACACUAUUGACGCUAAGACCGGGCAGCCAAUAUUAGACUACCCUGAGAGAACAGCCGGCGAUGCACCAGCCGAUCCAGCGCCUACUGGGAAUCCGAAAAUCGUGCGUCAACCAAAACCUCGAACUCUCCUGGGCAAGUUGACGACGCUUCCCGGGUCAAUUUUCGAACUGACAAUCCCUCUGGAAGAUCGAAUGACAUCGUGGGGUCGGGGUCCUCAAGCGACCGUCUGUUACCCCGACCCUAUGGACACGAGGAUUCCAGCGUAUGCGCUGGAAGUUACCUUUUGGGCUCCCUCCAUUGAAUCCAAGAUAAGAGCGGGACGGGAUUGGAUGACUGUGCCUGGUGUGAUGGCAAUACUUUCAACUAAAACGCGCAAGUGCAUAUGGGUGAACGAUACAGAGCUACGCCGAGGGCCGGAAGGGGAUACCAGUCGAGAAGGGUUUCACUUUGGGAAGAUUUACACAGGGGAUAUUAUCACGAUUUAUCAACAUCGCCACAAAUUUUUGAAAUUUAAAUGCGAGUUCUACCAUGGGGACAGCGCUUGUACCCGGCCGGAGAAUGAAAAGGGGUUCACCAUACGCAAGAUCCUGGUGCCCAAGGAUGCGGCUGCGAACCAGCUUCCUGCGCGGAAAGAUCGCAAUGAAAAGAAAUAAUCAGGGAGGACACUUUAAACAUAGAUGAACUGUAUGGAGGUAAUAUUUGGAG